GGUAUGACUGGGGAGUCGUAGUAGCUAGAAGUUGUUCUGCACGCAUGCGCACUGAGGUAGUCUGAGAAAAUGGCAGACGUUUCUUUGGACGAGGUGAUACGGCAACGCGGUAUUGGCACCAAAACUGUGAUUAAAAGGCCUACGUUUGGACGGGCUGCAGGAACGGCAGUGACGGCAGUGAGGGGCUUUGAUGCUCGACAGAAGAUAGGGGUCAGUGAUAUCAGGCAACGGCUUGGAGGAGGGACAGGUUUUCAAAUGAAAGAUGCAAGAGAAAAACUGGUCCAGAAAGAUGCUCGCUUUAAAAUACGUGGCAGAGGAGGAGCAGGAGGAGUGGUGCAGGAUGCACGUCAGAUGAUCAACUCACGUAAACAGGGGCAGAUCCAGUUUAAUGUCCCUUCACAGACCUCACUGAAGACAGUUGUUACUCAGCAGUUACAGAACCAGACAGUUGUACCCCAGAUACAAGUUAACAACAAAAACAGUAGUCUUUCUAGUGUGAACAUGAGACAGUUUACCCCCAAUGUGCAAGGACUGAAUGUGAGGGGCAGCACAACGGCACAGCUGAGUAACAUUAACAGAGUAAUGGACGCUCGUGAUCGUUUGAGCCUCAAGAGGAGCAUUGCGGGGACACAGACUGCUGCUGCUGCACCAUUUAAAAUAACCAAAACCAUCCAGCAACAUCCGUUAGGUAUGUCAAGUGGAUUACAUGCAUCAACACAGCCUGACUUGGAUGAACAUGAUGGCACCCUCAGUAAACAAAUGAAGAUCACUACUACGAACAAUGUUCUGCAAACACGGUCUGGUAUGGGGGGCUCGCCUUUCUCAAUGUCGGCCCCAAUCACCAAGGUGGUUAAGAAUGAUGCUUACACAGCCCCACGUUCUUCUGUCCCUGUGGCCCCCACCAGGCCAAACACCAGCAUGGCUGCCUCUCGGCCUGCAGUCGGAGCCUUACAGCCAGUCUCCAGGACUCUGCAGCAAAGCACGGCAGAAAUGAGCACAGCCCCACCUCCUAAUCCCCCUCAGCCGGCUUUCAGUCCAUUGGAGGGGACAAAAAUUACAGUGAACAACCUGCACCCCCGUGUCACAGAGGAAGACAUCGUAGAGCUGUUCUGCGUCUGUGGUGCUUUGAAACGUGCUCGGCUGGUGAAGGUGGGCGUGGCUGAAGUGGUGUUUGUCCGUAAAGAGGAUGCUGUCAGUGCUUACAGGAAGUACAAUAAUCGUUGCCUGGAUGGCCAGCCCAUGAAGUGUAACCUUCAUAUUCAGGGAAAUGUCAUCACUUCUGAUCAGCCCAUUCUGUUGAGGCUCAGUGACACUCCAGGCGCAGGCAGUGGCGGAAAGAAAGAUGGUCUGCCCGCUUCCCUGUCUCGUCCCACUGGUCAGCGAGCCUCAUCUCAGCCCACUCCAGAGGUGGACCCCCAGACCAUUCUGAAAGCUUUGUUCAAGUCCACUACACAGUCCUCCACCACCACCACCACUGCUGAACCCCCCAGCUCACAGGCUACUGCUUUUCGUAUCAAGAUUUAGCACAAGUCCAGUGUAAACACUCAUUGUAAUUUCACUACCAUAUUACUGCAUUCUUAGUGUUGGCACACAAACUGUGGUUAUCAAUCUGACAACCCACCUUCUUGUGUAUGAAACUGAUUUAUACUCAUUUGAUACAUGACUAACUGUCCAAAUAAUGAUAAACAUCCUGUUUGAGGUUUUGUGUUAUUGUUAGUCCUGUAGUCUUGAGUGGGGCUGAUUUGAGGGGAAGUGUUUUAAUGAAGUGUGCCAGACUGAAAAUGUAAGCUUAUACAUGAUGCUGAUAUCAUCCUAUCCCCCCCAUUAUUUCAAUGACGUCUCAUUGAAUGUGUCGAGCUUUUUCUAUCUUGUAUUAUUUACCCCAAAAUAAAGCUGCUCCACCCA